GUGGAUGACAAUGCUAAAGGGAUGCGUUUUAAAGCUUGGGCCUAUUUCAAGAAUUGGAUGAAAAUAUUUGGGAAAGACCGGGCCACUGGAGAAAAUGCUGAAAUUUUUGCUGAGAUGGCGCGAGAUAUAUUGAAUGGAGAAGAUGGACUUAGUGACUCGCCUACAAGGGAGCCAAUGCAUGUGGACAGAGCUAGAAGUAACCUCGCUAGUCAUAUUGGAUUUGAGCAGGAUACAAUGAAAGCACGCAAAGCUAUUGAUGAGGCAACGAAGAAGAUGAGUUUCCUAACGAUGCAAGACAAGAUUGCGGUUGGUGCACGACUUUGUGAAAUGACUAAAGAGUUGAACUAUUUAUUCAACUUUAUAGAGGCCGACAAAGCGAUGAUGAUGCAAAUGAUUCUAGAAGAAAAACUUUAA